AUGCCUUGUGCUGCCCUUGCGGAAGGCCCAAAGCACUACUUCCCCAUCGACUACACGGUCCGCGUCCAGUACGAGGAGGUGCUGAGGCCGUCCAACAUCACCCGCCUGCGCAACGGGACGGUGUCGGAGGUGGCCCUGCGGUACCUCUGGUUCCACGUCAGCUCGCAGGCCGUGCUGCGCAUCCGCGAGGUGCUGCUGGAGAAGCACCCGUCCUGGAGGUACACCCAGGAGCUGUGCCAGCUCUUCGACGCCCUGGGCAAGGAGUACAGCAAGUACCGGCAGACGGACGUGGAGGCAGUGGUGGCCGACCUGGUGAAGCUGCUCCACAGCGCGGGCGCCGAGAGCCGGAGGAAGGCCGUGCGCCCCAAGGCACUGCUGGACAACUGCCUCAAGGUCAUGCGGAUGCUCUACGGGGCACCCUGUGAGGACGGCUUCAAAAAUGUCAGCUGGAAGCAGCCACGGAAACGCACUCACGCGAUGGGGAAUCAGAGCCUGCCUGUGGUACCUCGUGCUAGACCCUGA